AUGUUUUCACUAGUAGCAGAUUAUGGCGAUAGUGAAGAAUCGUCCUCAUCCGAUUCAUCGGAUGAUAGUACCGGGGGACAGCGAUCACAAAAUCAGCCACCGGCUGAACCCACUAUCAAACAACAAACCAGUACUCUAACGGAUGACCAAUCGGUGCCGCUGCCCAGCGCCCGUUCUAUGCUACAGUCCGGUACCAGUCGCGUCAUAAAGGGUAGCGUUUUUAGCAAUCCCUUCCGUGAGGCGGAAGAAGCCAAGUUGGCCAGUCUGGAGAAGCACGUAAAGAUGGUCGAUCCGGAAGCAAACACGGCGGAACAGAAGCGUAAAGUGUGCUGGAGUUAUAAGAAGGGUCGGUGCAGGUUCGGUAGUAAAUGCAACUUUGCACACGAUUCCGAUUUGAUACUGCGCAAAGAGCUGCCAACAGAAGCUGGCAGUGAAAACGACGAACAGGAUGCAGGAACAGGCACCGUUGACGAGUCGGCAGCCACGGUAAUGGUGAAGAAACCGUUUCCACCGGAUAGGAAGAAACGUCCCGGUUUAAGCCGAGAUUUGGUACCACCGAAAAAGGUACUUAAGAUGUAUCACAAGGAAAAAUACGGGAUGCUAAAAUAG